UUUCAUUACCGCUGUUGUUCUUCCUUUGUUCAAGGCAUGUUCAGUGGCCAAAAGAGUUCACUGGCAUGGCCCAUGCACAUGAUCCUUCUCGAGCAUUUAUAGCAGAGGAAUCUGCCUCUCCUUCCACCUCAAGCAUCCAAAUUCCAUAAACAAGCAUAAGAGGAGAAGCGCUAGCUAUCUCCAAUCCUUCCUACUCAAAGAAGAAGAAAGGUUGGUCAUGAGGGCACUGAGCCUUUUGCCUUUCCUUCCUGUGCUGCUGCUGCUGAGUCCUCCACAGAGCCACCGUGUUGAGGCCUCUGAUGGAUUCGUCAGGGCCAAGGGGCUGCACUUUGAGCUCAAUGGCAACCCCUUCUAUGUCAACGGCUUCAAUGCCUACUGGCUGAUGACGCUGGCCGCAAACCCCUCUCUCAAAGACAAGGUUUCCUCUGCCUUCCGCGAGGCCUCCGGCCAUGGCCUCUUGGUGGCAAGGACUUGGGCUUUCAGUGACGGCGGCAGCAAUGCCUUGCAGUACUCCCCUGGCUCCUACAAUGAGCAAACUUUCAAGGGGCUGGAUUUUGUGGUGUCCGAGGCCAAAAGAUACGGGAUCAAGCUCAUCUUGAGCUUCGUCGAUAACUACGACAGUUUUGGAGGAAAGAAGCAGUAUGUCCAAUGGGGAAGAGAACAGGGACAAUACAUUGCAUCAGAUGAUGAGUUCUUCACAAACCCAGUCGUCAGAGGGUUUUACAAGAACCAUAUCAGGACCGUGCUCACAAGAGUUAACACCAUCACUGGAGUCGCUUACAAGGAUGAGCCUACCAUUUUUUCCUGGGAGCUAAUGAACGAGCCCAGAUGCCAAUCAGAUCUCUCAGGAAGAACUAUUCAGGCAUGGAUUACGGAGAUGGCUGCUCAUGUGAAAUCCAUAGACAGCAACCACUUGCUCGAAGCUGGUUUGGAGGGAUUCUACAGCACAUCCUCGUCUGAAAGACAAUUCAAUCCCGGCGUAGACAUUGGAACCGAUUUCAUCCAGAAUAAUCAAAUUCCCAACAUCGAUUUCGCCACCAUCCACUCGUAUCCCGAUCAAUGGUUGUCGUCCUCCGACGACCGAUCUCAGCUGGCGUUCCUGAACAAGUGGCUCGACGUGCACAUCCGCGACGCCAGCUCCGUGCUCCGGAAGCCGCUGCUGAUCACGGAGUUCGGUAAGUCGCAGAAGGACCCCGGGUUCAGCAUCGACCAGAAGGACACCCUGUUCAGGACCGUGUACUCCAAGGUGUACUGGUCGGCUAGGACGGGCGGCGCCGCCGCCGGAGGGCUGUUCUGGCAGCUGCUCACCGAGGGGAUCGACUCGUACGGCGAUGGGUACCAGGUGAUCAUGGGGGAGGCGAGCUCGACGGCACGGCUCAUCACCGCGCAGUCGAGGCAGCUGCGUAACCUCGGGAAGAUGUACGCGCGGCAGCGGAACAUCGCAAGGAUGAAGAGGGAGAAGGCGGUAAGGGAGCAGCAGAGGAGGACCGGCAACAACGUUGGCAACUAAAUUACCGACGGCGGAGAAUUAGCAGCAGCAGCAGCAGAAGCUUGGAAGUCUCUUCGAGAUGAAGCGGUUUCAUCCGGGAGAAAACUAAAUAAAUUUUGAAUAUAUUUAGGUAAAUUGCGAGAAGUGAUAUAUAUAUAUAUAUAUAUAUAUAUAUAUAUAUAUAUAUAUAUAUAUAUAUAUCUCGAUAUGUUUAGCAAAA